GGGGGCGCUGACCACUGUACUGGGGGGCAGUGGGCUGCUCGUGCAGAGCUGUGACUCGGAGCCGGCCAGCAAGCCGCUGUCGCCCGUGCGGCUGCGGAAGAACGUCUGCUACGUGGUGCUGGCCGUGUUCCUCAACGAGCAGGAGUCUGGCAUGAUGCCUGGCCAGGCACAGGAGUUUCCUAGACCCCCUGUCCACCUCCCACUUAUAGUGACCGGGAACUUAACACGCAGGCCUCUGACCCGCAGACCUCUAUUUUGGUGCUCAUCUCUGUAGAAGGCGAUGUAAUAACUAUCAGGGGCCCUGGCCGUGGGAGGAUGAGGUGCUGAUGAUCCAGGAGGCCAAGAGAGAGUGCCGAGGAACAUGGUACCUCCCCGCAGGCAGAAUGGAGCCAGGGGAGACCAUUGUGGAAGCUAUGCAGCGGGAGGUGAAGGAAGAGGCUGGGCUGCUCUGUGAGCCGGUGACACUCCUGUCCGUGGAGGAGCGGGGUGCCGCCUGGAUCCGCUUUGUGUUCCUCGCUCGCCCUACAGGCGGAGUUCUCAAAACUUCCAAAGAUGCUGAUGCAGAGUCCUUACAGGCUGGCUGGUACCCACGGGUCUCCCUACCCACUCCACUUCGAGCCCAUGAUGUUCUGCACCUGGUAGAGCUAGGCGCCAGGUUUUGCCAGCAAGCCAUGCACCCUCUCAUUCUGCCCCAAGAGCUUCCCUGUAGUGUGGUCUGCCAGCGGCUGGUAACCACCUUUACCAGCCUCCAGGCGGUGUGGGUGUUGGUGGGCACAGUGGGCACUCCUCAUUUGCCCAUCACUGCCUGUGGCUUUACCCCUAUGGAGCAGAGGGGUGGCAUCAAGGUGGCCAUCCUGCGGCUGUUACAGGAGUGCCUGACCCUGCACAAUUUGGCAGUGGAGACCAAGGGGUUGCUUGGCCUGCAACACCUAGGCAAAAACCAUGUAGAUGGUGUCUGCCUGAAUGUGCUGGUGACAGUGGCUUUUCGGAACCCAGGAAUCCAAGAUGAGCCCCCAAAGAUUCGGGGUGAGAACUACUUUUGGUGGAAGGUGAUGGAGGAGGACUUACAAAAACAGCUCCUACACAGACUCCAGGAAUCUUCUGUCAUCCCACUAAACAGAUAGUUACCAGCAGUGACACAGCCGAGCAGCCAUCCUCCCUGAGCUUUGCCUCCCUCCCAGAGGCAGGCAGGAGGCUGGCAAUCAGAGAUCUCACUGCGGUGUGUGCAGGGACCCCACAUUGCACCCAAAAGGACAGUGCCUUGAAUCCAGCGCUCAAGGGCCCAUUUGUCCUGUGGGCACAGAUGCCUCUAAGAGGAUGAGGGAGUUUUUGAACUCCAGAUGGCGUCUUAUUUCUGUACCCACCUUGAUAAAGGCUGUAUGUUGAUCCUUUUUCAAGCUCCUAGAACAUGGAAGGGGACAUGCCCAAGGCAGGAUCCUCACUGCUGAGUAAAAAGGUGUUGCUUA